AUGAAUGGUCUUCAUCGUUUAGAAUAUCGUGGUUAUGAUUCAUCCGGUAUUGCAUUCGAUGGUGAUGAUAUUGAAGACAAUCACGUAUCGAAAUCUAAACGUGCUUGUCUUCUUGUACGACAAAAAGGAAAAGUUGAAGAACUUGAACAUGCUGUUAAAUCAUUGGAAAAUGUUGCUUGGGAUGCUGAAUUUACUGUUCAUGUUGGUAUUGCACAUACACGUUGGGCAACACAUGGUGAACCAAGUGCAAUCAAUUCUCAUCCACAACGUUCAGAUGACCAAAAUCAAUUUGUCUGUGUUCAUAAUGGAAUUAUCACAAAUUAUAAAGAUAUCAAACAAUAUCUUAUGAACAAAGGUUAUGUAUUCGAAUCCGAAACCGAUACUGAAUGUGUUGUUAAAUUAGUUAAAUAUCUUUAUGAUAAACAUAAAAAUGAAAAAAUUUCAUUUCAAAAACUUAUCGAAAUGGCUUGUUCACAAUUGGAAGGUGCUUUUGCACUCUUAUUCAAAAGUAUUCAUUAUCCAGGUGAAUUAUGUGCUACACGUCGUGGUAGUCCAAUGGUUAUCGGUGUUAAAUGUGCCGAUCAAUUAGCUGCUAAUCAUAUUCCAGUUAUGUUCAGCAAAGAUUUAAAUCAUCAAAAUUCAAAAGAUUCACGAAAUGAUGUUCAUGUAUCAGAAACUACUUCAUCAAACUUACGUGGUAUUUUUUCACCACCAUUGAUGAUUACUGAUCAUUCAACAACAGAAUUAGCAGUAACAAGCAAUGAUCGAAGUAUUGAAUAUUACUUUGCUUCAGAUGCUAGUGCUAUUAUUGAACACACAAAUCAAGUUAUUUUCAUGGAAGAUGACGAUCUUGCUGUUGUUAGCAAUGGUGCAUUAACCAUUCAUCGUACACAACAUGGUGAAGUAUCAGGUCAAUCAGCAAUUCGUGAAAUUCAUGAACUUAAAAUUGAAUUACAACAAAUCAUGAAAGGAAAUUAUAAAUACUUUAUGCAAAAAGAAAUUUUUGAACAACCUGAAUCUGUUGUUAACACAAUGCGUGGUCGUAUUAACUUUAACACACGUAAAGUUGUACUUGGUGGUAUUAAAGAUUAUAUCAAUGAAAUUAAACGUUGUCGUCGAUUGAUUUUAAUUGCUUGUGGUACAAGUUAUCAUUCAGCUGUUGCUACACGUCAAUUACUUGAAGAAUUAACUGAAUUACCAGUUAUGGUUGAACUUGCUUCUGAUUUUCUUGAUCGUAGUACACCAGUUUUUCGUGAUGAUGUUUGCAUAUUUAUCUCACAAUCAGGUGAAACAGCUGAUACAAUCUUAGCUUUACGUUAUUGUAAACAACGUGGUGCACUUAUUGUUGGUUUCACAAAUACAGUUGGAUCAAGUAUUUCACGUGAAUCACACUGUGGUGUUCAUCUUAAUGCUGGACCUGAAAUCGGUGUUGCAAGUACAAAAGCUUAUACAAGUCAAUUUAUUGCUCUUGUUCUCUUUGCUCUUGUCUUAUCUGAAGAUUCAAUUUCAAAAGAACCAAGACGUAAAGCUAUUAUUGAAGGUCUUCAACAAAUGCCCGAAUUAAUUAAAAAAGUACUUCAAUGUGAUAAACAAAUUCGUGAAUAUGCUGAAGCUUUAUAUAAAGAAACAUCAUUAUUAGUUAUGGGUCGCGGUUUCAAUUUUGCUACAUGUCUUGAAGGAGCUUUGAAAGUAAAAGAAUUAACCUAUAUGCAUUCCGAAGGUAUUCUUGCUGGUGAAUUAAAACAUGGUCCAUUAGCUAUGGUUGAUGAUACAAUGCCAAUUGUUAUGAUCAUUAUGGAUGAUCCAGUUAAAACUAAAUGUAUGAAUGCAUACUCACAAGUUCAAGCUCGUGGUGGUCAACCAGUAUUAAUUUGUAAUGAUGAUGAUCAUGAAUUAUUGAAAUUAUCACAUAAACAUAUUGGUGUUCCACGUAUUGUUGAUUGUCUUCAAGGUGUAUUAUGUGUUGUACCAAUGCAAUUACUUUCAUUUCAUAUUGCUACAUUACGUGGUUUCGAUGUUGAUUGUCCACGAAAUUUAGCUAAAUCAGUUACCGUUGCAUAA